ACUCUGCCAACCAUUUAAUCAGAAUUUGUUCCUCUUUGAGUGGCCCCUAUGAGCCAGAUGUUAAAUGAGAACCUAGAGCAACGUUUUGUGUUUGAGACAAAGCUUGUCCAUGACAUUAAGUGUACUGUUCCUCCUCAUAGCUGCAGGGUGCCUUCCUUUGUGUGACACACAGUUUGAUCCAAAUGGGUAUUUCUGGGCUCUAAUUCACUUGAUAUGUGUUGGAGCAUAUAAAGUAUUUCACAAGUUGUGGAAACCUAGUUCUUUAAGUGACUUAGACCAACAAUACAUAAACUAUAUAUUCAGCAUGGUGCUUUUGGCCUCUGCAUCCCAUCCAGCAGGUGAUCUCCUUAGUGCCUUGGACUUUCCAUUCCUAUACUUCUACAGAUUUCACAGCAGCUGCUGUGCCAGUGGACUGCUGGGAUUCUUUCUGAUGUUACACACAGUGAAACUAAAAAACUGUACCUCCUCAUGGCAGUAUGCAGCCUGGAGUUUCAUUGCAAAGCUUAUCACAGCUGGCUUGUCACCAUUGUUCUUUGUCAUGACUGUUAACAUGCCAACAAUUUGCUGCCUUCUGCUUGGUGGUCUUGGAGAAGCCUUGCUCAUCUACACUGAAAGGACAGGCACAUAAAAAAAGGGGGAAAAGAAAGCAAGUGUCUCUCUGCGGGAAUAAGCCUGAAGUGCAGCUCAGAAAUCUUGGAAUGAAAAAAACUCAAGGUGCAU